AUAAUGACAGCGGGCCAGAAUCAAACAGAUUAUUGUGUGCCUUGUGUGGAAUUCGCUGGGGCAUAUCGAGCUUAGCGAUUCGUCAUAAAUUUUGAUACAUUAAAGUGAAAUAACAUAAUCCACGGCGCACUAAACGUUCAUCUGUUUUCUUUAUUCGUUGGUUCGACAGCAAAAUUCUAAGUGUACUAAAAUUUGUUUCGACACGGUCAUCCCAUCAGCUUUCACAUUAGAAUUUGAAUUCUAUGGGAUUAUUUCGACUAAAAUCAGCGGUCAACAGUAGAAGAUAUUUGUAUUCGGUUUACCCAGUAGUGUUAGAUGUUUACGUUAUCAACUAUUCGCGGUGUUCUAUGUUUAUGCCUGGUUAGAGUAGAAUCAAUAUUGUAUUAGAACCUUAACCUAUUGUUGUGAAAUGAGUGUGCAUAUUUGUGUACCAACUGAAUUAUGAGCACCUGAUGGAAGAUUAACAUUGUCGACGAAGCUUGCGAAGCGCAGGAAUUUAUACCAAAAAUCAUGGGGAGGUUUUCAGGAAAAAAGUGCCGUUUAUUAUCUAUGCUAUGGCUAACUGGCAGCUUCUUUUUUGUGGAGCUGAUAGUUGGCUACAUCACCAACUCUAUGGCCCUAGUAGCGGACUCAUUUCAUAUGUUAAGUGAUGUCGCUGCUCUUGUUAUUGCAUUUUUAUCAGUUAAGAUGUCACCAAAGAAAUGGUCAAAGAACACGUUUGGGUGGGCACGCGCGGAAGUGUUGGGCGCGCUCGUGAACGCAGUGUUCCUCGUAGCGCUGUGCUUCAGCAUCACCGUGGAGGCUGUGAAGCGGUUCAUUGAGAUCGAGACGAUACACGACGCGAAACUCCUGGUCGCCGUUGGUACUUUAGGUUUAGUCCUGAAUAUUGUGGGACUGUUCCUCUUCCAUGAUCACGGCGGAGGCCACGGGCAUUCUCACGGCGGGGUCCCACCUCCAGCCAACGUGCGGCAUCUCACGGAAAUCGUGAACAGCAACGCUGAUAUGGCACUAGGACACAACGCCACCGACACCGAGGAAACCGACGAGAUGGUCCCACCGAAACCCGAUAAAGUACCAAAAAAUAACAAGCAGACGCCUUGCAGAGCGGCCCACGAUCCCGGCCAUAUGAAUAUGAAAGGCGUGUUCCUGCAUAUCCUGUCCGACGCCUUAGGGUUAAUCGUAGUAGGAUCAGCUCUAGUUGUAUGGCUAACAGAUUGGAAGUACAAAUACUACAUCGACCCCGCGCUCAGUAUAGUGCUAGUUAUCUUGAUACUUGCAUCUGUAUGGCCAUUACUCAGAGAGUCGUCCCUCAUCCUUCUGCAGACCGUACCAACACAUAUUCAGGUGGACGCGAUACAGAGGCGUUUGUUAGAAAAAGUCGACGGCGUGCUAGCGGUCCACGAGUUCCAUGUCUGGCAGUUAGCUGGUGACAGGAUCAUCGCCAGCGCACAUAUUAGGUGUAGAAAUUUAUCGGAGUACAUGAAGAUCGCUGAGAAGGUCAAGGAAUUCUUUCACAACGAAGGCAUACAUUCGACUACCAUACAGCCCGAGUUCGUCGAGUUGCCUCUAGGCGGAAAUGAGAUAAUAAGCGGUGCAUCAGCGGAAGCGCCGUGCGCGCUGCACUGUCCGCCGAACGAUCUGUGUCACAACGCGACGUGCUGCGGGCCCAACCAACAGGAACAAACCUCGCCUUCCCCAACAGUUACGCCGUACCUCUGCCGACAGCGAACCAUGGGAUCAAGGACAGAAUCUAUGUGUUCAACGAACGGCGCCAACGCUACAGGCCGGCAAGCAACCACAUGGAACCUAGAAGCUCUCGAGUGCGGUUCCCUGCUCCCGACGCCUAUGCUGGACGGUCGCCUUGCUGUGUGACAGCCGGCCGGGCCCUACCGCGCCGUAUCGGAAAUACCCUAGCUCCAUUAUUAAAAAAUACGUCUUCUAAAAAACGUUUCCAUUUUGUGAUAACGAUUCAUCUCAUGAGCUGCUGUUGUAACUAAAAUUCGUUAUAAAUCUCGCUACAUUACCUAGGUAUAGUCACUCAUUAGUGUUACGCCAUCUCACUUUAUUAAAUUAAGUACUUACAUUACCUAAAUUGUUACAGAUGCAUAAAUAAUUCAUUAUAAUUUUUAUUAUAUUGGAUAUAUAUAGUUAUGAAAUGAUUACGUUAGCUUAAUUAUUUAAUGCGUUUAGACCUUUUUGUAUCAAGAUUUUCCCUCAAAUUAAAGGAAAUUAAUAGCUAAGUAUUUAGCGGUUAUGAAUUCAAUAAGAUGAAAUUAAAAUUAAGUUUCCGAUUGUUAUGGGUGAACCCUAAACUUGUGCUAGAAUGUGCAGAAUUAUAAAUUAAUCUUUAGAUAAUAAUUAUAGUGAAUGCAAAAGCUUCGCGUGAUUAGAAAAUGUAUUAUUAUUAAGGGUUAUUCACAAAUUAUGUAUAGAGCGAAAUGUGUACUAAAAUGACGUUGAAUGCUACGCAAUGUGAGUUAUAUUCGGUAAUUUAUAUUUUAUGGUGAAUAUGUCUUCAAGGCAAACAUAAAUAUAUUUUACAGCGUAGCAACUGCGACAGUUAACAUAAUUGUGAAGGCAGAAGUAAUUGUGUUAAUAUCCGCCUAUUUCCAUUAAAAUCGAAGAAAGGCUGAGAGCACUAUUGUCUGACAAUAAUUGUUAGAGUUGCUGCGAUGCAAAAUAUAAUUUAUAUUGUAUAAUUUAAAUUGUUCUUUUUAAAGUGCGCACCUACUUUGAAUUCAGUAUCGAUACACUAAUGAUAUUUAAAUAAAAUCUGGAUUGUUCAUCUCUGAAGUACAAUAUGCAUAUUAAUCUUAUGUUAUUUUUAUCUUGAAAUAGUUAUCAUGGCAUUAUUUUUUAUAAUACAAUAAUUAAUAAUGUAAACUUAAAGGAAAUUUACGAAGGAAACGAGGUCAAUAAACUGAUACACAUCUUCCACGUGGAUGACGCAAUGCAUUGUAACAAUCUUAUCUUUAACAAAUAUCUUAAUACAUGUAUUUGAUAAUUGUUUAGUAUUUCUCGAUUAUAUCAGUAUAAGGUAAUGUGACAACCUGCUAGAAUAUAUUAUAAAGAGUUCUGAUUAGAUUGUUGCUAGCUAGAUUUAAUAUGCUAUCGAAUAUCGAUCGUUGCGUCUAAAAAUAGAAUUAAUUGUAUUAAAAUUAAUACUAAUCUAUAGUUAAAUACUUCUUAUACCAAUAUCCUGUAAAACUAAGGGUGCCUAUCAUUUGCUCAAGAUUUAAUCGAUGACAAUCUCACUCGAUGGUUACCGAUUGCACAUUUAAAUCGAUCGCCAAAUUUAAUCGUUUAAAAUAAAUAGAUAUAAUUCCAUUUCAUUAGAUGCUAUCUGCCGUGAUAUUGUCAUAUAAAUAAAUUGUUACAGUAAUUUGAUCAAAUCUAAAUAAAUUAAUAGUUAAAACUCAUUCGAAAAGUCUAGUAUUUAAAACAUUUAUGCUGCCUACCAGAAAAGCAAAUUUUAAGAGUUUUAGAUUUACAAUAUUACUUAAAAAUGUGAUGUAAUUUUGUAGUUGUAAGUAGUAAAGUAAUAGCCGACAGGCUUGCAUUUCAAAGAAUGACUUUACAAUAUUUUGCGGGUAGCAUUGCAAUAAUAACAUAGUUAGAUAAUCACAAGUUAGUAAAACAUAGAUAUUGCACUUACGUACGUCCUAAAGUAAUGUUGGAUUAUUGUCACAAAGAGUUUUAUAUAAAAUUACUAUUUAAAAUUGUCUUUUGUACCAAUCUGUUUAAUGAUAAUUAAAACAUACUCUUUCUCGGAAAGACGAACUGCCAAAAUGUUAAGUUCAUUUUAUUUUGAUGGCAACACCAUACCUUUGUGUGGCUACUACCUAUGAGGAUACAUUGGUAAUUUGCAUUUGUCUAAGCUCUUGUCUACAAAAAACAGCACUAAUUGCAGCAUUACAUUUUAAUAAGGGUUUGAGCUGAAAAACUCUAUAAUAAAAUUAACCGUUCCUCAUGAAAGGUCAAUUUAAUGGAAGGCAUCUCCAAAAGAAGAUCGAAAUCGCUAGUAUGUGGUGCUCCAUUUUUUUAUGAAUUGGCUUUAAGUACACAAAUAAAAUCAAUAGAAAAAGAAAUCAGUGUUACGAAUUAUUUUGGACUUAUUUUAUUUCCUAGGGUUAAGUUAAAUGUAAUUAUUGGUUAAUCAUUUUUUUUUAAUGGGUGAAUGGAAAUAUGACUGAUUUACAACGCGUGGCUAAAUAGUCACUGCUCAAAAUGAGAAAAUACGUACGGAAUACAGAAUUUGUGUACUUUUUUUAAUGUCUAUUUUCCUAACGAGUUCCAGGCAAGGCAAUAGGUAUAAAUAAUCAGGACUGGGUUAUUAUUUAUUCUCUUUUUGUGGUGUUGUACAAGAAGAUUGAAAACCCGAGCAGCUUUAUUUUGAUGUAUGUACACGAUGUAGACAAUUUAAUUAUUUCGAAAUAGAACUCGUUGAUAUAUUAUUUGUAUGUUGAAAUUGUGGAUUAAGUUUUCACAAUUAAUAAAAUUAUGUAUUAAAACAA